AACAAUGGCGGACAAUCCAACUGUCUACGAUUUCCUGAACCAGUUGCCAUCUUCUUCCUCCAAACCAACAAGGAAAACCUCCUCCCAAUCUCACCACCCUCCAACUCCUUCUCGCCUUUUCCCCUGUCUUUACUGCCCUCGCAAGUUCUACACCUCUCAAGCCCUCGGAGGCCACCAGAACGCCCACAAAAGAGAGCGAGCCGCCGCUCGCAGAGGCUAUCCGGCAGAAACCCACUUGGCUCGACUCCAGCCUGAGCCGCCUGUAGAGCAAGGAGCGGCUCAUGGCAGAUUUCUGGACCAGUAUUGGCUGGACCAUUCCCAUUCCUCGGUCGUCCAUGGUACCCACCCCCCUUUCCAGUACCAUUCUCAGAUCAUGGGUUCGAGCUCUUCUGCUGUGCCUUUUGGUGGUGGUGGUCUUCAAUGUCAGUAUCAUCAGGGCGGCUCAACACCAGAUGCUCCAUAUCCCACCGUUGAUGUUGGUGACCGUGGAAACAUUGAUCACCUCGACCUCACUCUCCGCCUUUGAACUCUCUCUCACUCUUUCUCCUCUUCUUCUUUUUUCCAUUUCGAACAUGAUUUUUUUUUUUUUGG